AUGCUACACAGAAUACUAUGUAGUCAACCAAAAAUAAUAAAUCAUGUCUUGAACCAGAUUCAGCAGUCUUCUAAUAUUCAGAUUAGAAACCAACAUCAGCGAGUUAUAGCUAUAAGAAGAGAGACAAUCAAUGUUUGGGAAAGACGAGCUCCACUCUCCCCUCGUCAUGUUGGUAGACUGGUGCGGAAGGGCAUCAAAGUUAUUGUCCAGCCUUCUAAUAGAAGAGCAUAUAACAUGCAGGAGUAUGCAGCACGUGGAGCUGUUAUACAAGAAGAUUUGAGUGAAGCAUCACUAGUUAUUGGAGUAAAACAAGUCCCAAUAGACAAUUUGAUGUCAGGGAAGUCUUAUGCUUUCUUUUCUCAUACCAUCAAGGCUCAAGAAACUAAUAUGCCAUUGUUGGAUGCUUGUCUUCAAAAGAAUAUAAGAUUAAUUGACUAUGAGAAAAUGGUAGAUGAAAAUGGACAGAGAGUUGUAGCGUUUGGGAAAUAUGCUGGUGUUUCUGGUAUGAUUAAUAUAUUACAUGGAAUUGGUUUACGUCUCUUAGCUCUUGGUCAUCAUACACCUUUCAUGCAUAUUGGACAAAGUCACAAUUAUCGUAAUACUGAGAUGGCACGGCAAGCUGUACGAGAUGCUGGGUAUGAGAUAGCAUUAGGACGGCUGCCUAAAUCGAUUGGUCCAUUAGUAUUUGUGUUUACUGGUUCUGGUAAUGUGAGUCAGGGUGCUCAAGAAGUAUUUCAAGAAUUGCCUCAUGAAUAUAUUGAGCCUGAACAUUUACCUAAAAUAGCAAGAGAAGGAACUGGAACUAAAGUAUAUGUCUGUGUUGUAAGUAGGGAUGAUCAUUAUAUCAGAAAAGAUGGUGGGAAAUUCAACGCAGAAGAAUUUGAAGCUCAUCCUGAAUUAUAUGCCUCCGCUUUUAGCCACAAGAUAGCUCCCUAUGCCAGUGUUAUUGUUAACGGUAUAUACUGGGCACCCAAUGCUCCCCGUUUAAUCUCCAUACCUGAUGCUAAGAUCUUACUCCGUCCUAAAGAUUACCCAUGGAUUCCAUCCAGUCCAGGAUGUCCACAACUUCCCCAUCGUUUGCUAGCUAUCUGUGAUAUUUCUGCUGAUCCAGGAGGAUCUAUUGAGUUUAUGAAAGAAUGUACCACUAUUGAUCAACCAUUCUGUUUAUAUGAUGCUGAACAAAAUAUGGAAACUGACAGUUUUGCUGGUAAUGGAGUACUGAUAUGUUCUAUAGAUAAUAUGCCAGCUCAGAUUCCUAGAGAGGCUACUGAUUUCUUUGGUAGUUUACUCUUACCUUACAUUCCAGAUAUGAUAAUGUCAGAUGCACUAGAACCAUUUGAGGAAUAUAAAGCUGCUGCUUGUGUAAAAAAUGCUGUGAUUGCUUCCAAUGGAUCUUUAACACCAAACUAUCAAUAUAUUGCUGAACUACGUAAACAAUCAAAGUCUAAUCAUAAAGCUAAAAGUGUUGAUAAAGAUAUAGAGAAGAGGGUAUUGUUAUUAGGAGCAGGUUAUGUUUCUCCCCCUGCUAUAGAGUAUCUCUUACGGGAUAAAAAACUACAUGUUACAGUUGCUUCCCAAUUUAAUGAUGAGUUAGAUAUGAUAGCUAAAGAAUGUCCAAGAGCUGAAACUAUAGUAUUAGAUGUUGAUGAUCAAGGUUUAGAAUCUUUAAUACCAGCUAAUGAUGUAGUUGUGAGUUUAUUACCCUACUCCUAUCAUCCUACAGUAGCUGAACUAUGUAUUAAAAAUAAAACUAAUAUGGUAACAGCAAGUUAUGUAUCUCCAGCCAUGCAAGAUCUUCAUAAAAAAGCUGUAGAAGCUGGUGUAACUAUUCUCAAUGAAGUAGGUGUAGAUCCUGGUAUUGAUCACAUGAUAGCAAUGCAGUGUUUUGAUGAAGUUAAAAGUGAUGGUGGUCAGAUAAAGUCAUAUAUAUCAUGGUGUGGUGGAUUACCUGCCCCUGAAUGUUCUAAUGUACCAUUACAUUAUAAAUUUAGUUGGUCACCUAAAGGAGUAUUGAUGAAUUGUUUAGCUGGAGCUAAAUAUAAACAGGAUAAUAAGAUUUUAGAAGUUAAAGAGGGUGAACUGUUGGAUUCUACCAUGAAAUUACAGUUUAUGCCAGGGUUUGCUCUAGAAGGUUAUCCCAACAGAGACUCAACAUCCUAUGCUAAAGCUUAUGGUAUUGACAAUGUUACUACUAUAUUACGUGGUACUAUAAGAUAUGAGGGUUUCUCACAAGUUGUGAAAUCACUGAUAUCUUUGGGUCUAUUUGAUAUGUCCCAACAUUCUAAUUUACAUCCUAAUGGACCAGAACUAUCAUGGAAAAAGUUUAUGUGUGACCUAUUUGGUAAAUCUGAUGAUAUUUUAGUGGAUUCAUUAAAAGAUUUAGUUUAUCAUCAUAUCGGUAAAGAUGACUACAGUUUAAGUUCUAUUAUAGAAUUAGGACUAUUAGAAGAUGAACCAAUAGAUAAAAAAGGUUCCCCAUUUGAUACUCUUUCAAAUUACCUAGCUAAAAGAUUAGCAUAUGGACCACAGGAACGUGAUAUGUUAUUGAUGCAUCAUGAUGUACAGAUACAAUGGCCUGAUCUAACACGAGAACGUAGACAGUAUAACCUGGUUAAUUAUGGUGAUGUCAAUGGGUAUUCUGCCAUGGCUAAGACUGUUGGAGUACCUACUGCUAUAGCAACCAAAAUGGUUUUAGAUGGAGAAAUUCAGAUCACAGGUAUCGUGAGACCUUUCACCCUGGACAUUUACCAACCAAUGUUAUCAAGACUUAAACAGGAAGGAAUCUAUGCCAUUCAGAAUACUGCCUGGUUACCUGGAAUACAAACACGGUGAAAAAAUCACUGAAGUAAUUGGUUGGAGGAUGCCUAUUAUCUGUUUGUAAUUUAUAUUUUAUUGUAAUAGAAUGGCAUGGUUUUGUAUUUUCAUUUGUAAUAUAUAUUUGUAUUCAAUUAACUUCACAUGAGUAUUAAUGACCAAUUUGGACCCUGAAUUUGUCAGCAGUGUUAUGAUUUUAUUUAAUUGUGCUGACAUGUAGUUUAGCUGUUUAAGAUUCAAAUAUUACUGUCUGACAACAUUGUCUUUGUUUUUUCUCAUGUAUUUCAAAAAUGUUCUCAAAAAAAAUUUCGAAUGCCUAUCAUUUGUUUUUGACUGGCCAUGAGUCCAUAGAAAUAUAAUGUUUGGUGAUUUUACAUUUGAAGAACAUACUUUACUCCAAGAAUCACAAUGAUUGGGAAAAUGUAAUUUUGAAAAGAGUGUGCAUGGAUAAUUGAAUAAGUAAAAUGAAGAAUGAGUAUUUAUCUGCAAAUAUGUGUUGUACCAAAUAAUCAUAUACUAAAUUACUUAAUUUACUUUAUAGUCAUUGUAAUGAAGUACUGUGUGUCAAUUUUAGCAAAUUAUUUUUUUAGACCAAUAAUUCAUUGAGAUCCAAAUGUUGUGUUUUUGAUGUUAUACAAUAAUAGUUUUGAAUACCAAAUUUUUUCGUUCAAGUGUAUAUACAACUAUUUUUAAUCUCCCUGGCCUUAUGGUUUUCAAGUAUUACUUAACUAAAUUAUUUGUUACUUGUUACAGGGUAUGUAUAUUUAUUUUUUAUUGGUAUAUUAUAUUCUUAUAUAUUGAAAAAUAAUUAUUAUUCCAUCCGAU